CAGGAAGUUUUUCAUCGUGAGAUUAUUCGUUGGUUUUCUGACAUAUCAAAAGACAACAGUCCAUUCUCUAUCUAUAAACUGGUCGAAAUGGGAAAGAAGAGUGGUAAAGAGCCAGGUGAUUGGUAUGGUCCUGCUUCAGUUGCUCAUAUCUUUAGGGAUGCUUUAUUAAAAGCUUAUAGACCAAUACCUUUGUUGUCAGAUGUUUGUAUAUAUGUUGCUCAAGAUUGUACAGUAUAUAAAGAAGAUAUUAGAGACCUAUGUACUACUAAAAGACGUUCCAAUACAUUUGGUAAAUCUGGUAAUUGGACUGAAGAUAGUAUAGAAGAGAAUGGUACCAAUGAAUGGUUUAAAUCAGUUAUAAUAUUGGUACCAGUCAGGCUAGGUGGUGAAGUUUUGAAUGAGGAGUAUAUACCAUGUGUCAAACAGAUACUAAGUCAGGAACAUUGUAUUGGUAUUAUUGGUGGAAAACCAAAACAUUCACUGUAUUUCCUAGGUUGGCAAGAUGAUAGAUUGAUCUACCUAGAUCCUCAUUAUUGUCAAGAUCAUGUUGAUACAACAGAAAAAUCAUUUCCAAUUCAGUCUUUCCAUUGUAUGUCUCCAAGAAAAUUACCUAUGAAUAAAAUGGAUCCCAGCUGUACAAUAGGAUUCUAUUGUAGAACCGAAAGAGAUUUUGAAAUAUUUGAACGUCAAAUCAGAGAGGUAUAUCUUUUAUUUCUUAAACAUUAA